GUCAUUAGUUGCAAGAUGGACGACUGCGACUUGGAGAAGCUGACAAUAAAACCAGGCAAACUUGAGCCCGCAUUCAAGCGAGACGUUACAGAAUAUCAUGUGACAUUAGGAAGCGAAGUAGAAAAGAUUACGUUUGAUCUGUUUACCAGUGAUAGUGGUGCAUCGUACUCUAUUUCGAUAUACACAAUCUUGGUCACUAAGACCCAAAUUCCUCGAUACAUAAAAAUACCUGAUGCCUCACUAGCAGCAGCUCUAGAGUGUCCAGUUUCCCUUGCACCCCUGUACUGCCCGGUCACUAUCAACGGGAGUGACCCCAAACACAGCUUUUCUGGACCAAUCAUAGAUGAGCUGACAAAGACGUCAAAAUUUGACCCUCUGAAUGAAAUGCCGCUGGCGCUGGAUUGGAGGAUACAGGAUUACGAUCUAGAGAAGAAGCUGGCCCAGGCCAGUGGCUGUAUUCCUCAUGUUUAUGGAGGAGCAUCAGAAACUGUGAAGGUUGGACAACUUGGAGAAAAACUUGCUGAUUGCAAUCAAACACCAAAAGCUCAGGAUGUGAAAGACAAGUUCAAAUCAACAGACGCUCCCAUCACUCACACCAUCCAAGUGCGGCCUUGGGAGAAACAACUUCAUCAGAUCUUUGAUGAAACCAAUGCCACUAAGCUGGUCACUUUAGGAAAAAACUCUGUUCAGAAAUACUUUGAGACAUUACCCAAACCAGGUAAAGCACCCAAGUUUGCCGAGGGCGAGGGCCCCUUAGAUCAUCUCAGCCAUGCUGCCUUUUGUUACGCCUGUGCCCUGAAGACCAAAGGCAAGGAUGCCAAUGUCCACCUACAACUUGGCCUAGUCUUGGAGGAGAAAUACUAUGCUGAGGACAUGUUUCAUUUGAAAAAAGAGAGAGGUAUUGGAGAGAUUGCUGGUAUGAACCUCCAAGCCAAAGAGAGUUCCAAAGCUGAGGAGAUAGCUGCUAUCUGUAAACUCCAUGGCUGUGAGCCCAACGCCCCCCUCUCCCUGCAGCUGAAGGCCCUGGACACAGAGUAUCACCAGUUAGUGGACAGUGGUCAAGGGGACAAGGCUGAGCAUGUGCAGAAAUUAUACGCAUGGAAAAACAAGCAGGCAACUCAGGAAGGUGAGGCGGCCCAGAAGGCAGAGGACCAGGCAUCCCCCCUGGGUCAGGCCUACCUGAAGUACAUGGAUGCCCUGUCCCUGGACGAGGCCAAGGCAGUGUACCACUUCCAUGUGGGCCGCCUGCUGGUGAUCCAGGGUAACUACCUGGAGGCCGUGAAGAGACUGGAGGUGACCCUGAGCUGGAACCCUCAGUACCAGAUGGCAAGGUUUUACCUAGGCCUUGCCUUGGCCCUACAGAAAGAUGGACCUAGAGAUAGAGCCAAGGAGGCCAUCAGCUACCUGCAGGAGGGAAUGGAGAUACUGCUAACACAGCUUACACAGGAGGCACUGGGUGUGGAGGGCACAAGUAAAGACGAGGAGCCAAAACUUAGUGCAGAGAAUCUCUAUAGACUGUCCAAUGUCCACCUGCUUCGGGGUAUUGUCCAGCUGGGCAAACUGGCCGCUAUCAACCCUGAUGUCAAAGACUGCAUGGCAUCUACUGAUGUAUUCCACAGUGCUGCCUAUCUUGCCACGCAGGUGCUCACCAGGAUCUCCAGAGGCGACACCUAUAAACAGUUUGAGUGGGUUCUACUGGAGGCACAUUCCUUGCUGUUGGAGCAGCUCUCAGCCAAUCCUAAAGACAACGAGAAACUGAUCACACAGAGAUGUGAGCGUCUGUCAGCACUGAUAAGAUACUCCACCAUUCCCACCAAUAGUGAUCUGCUGGCUCUGCAGGCUAAGACAAGCCAGAAGCUGGUCACCAGUCAGCCUUGCAACAGCUACGCCCUCUAUCUUCUUGGUAACUCCCAACUGGAGCUGUACGACAAUGACCCUGGGUCAGAGGCAUCUAAGCAGCUCCUGGACGACUGUAAGAAGUCCUUCCUGGCCAGUAUUGCACUGGAGGGGAAACCUGCAGCGGGGCCAAUACCAGAGGAGAUUAAAGGACAGAAAUGGUGGCAGGACAAGGUGAAGGCAGAGGAAGAGAAAAAGAAAGCUGAAGCUCCCGCAGCGGCCCCAGCAGCAGACAAGGCCCCUGCUGGAGCAGGCAGGGGAGGAGCAGCGGCACCCAGGGGGAGGGGAGCCACCACACCUGUCAGGGGAGUAUCACGAGGAGGUGCAGCUGCACGUGGUGGGGCUGCAGCACGCGGGGGAGCCGCCGCAAGAGGAGGAGCUGCUGCUAAAGCAGCUCCUGCUAAACCUGCUGCCCGUGGAGCCCCAGCUGGGAGAGGGGCUGCUGCAGCUAAACCAGGGGCACCUGCUAAGACAGCUGCUGCUCCUGCAGCCACCAAACCAGAACCUGCAAAAGAGGAAAAACCAGCAGAGGCCAAGCCGGCAGAGGCCCCAGCUGCGGCCCCAGUUCCUGCCAAUGCCCCUAUCAACCGUAAGGCACACCACCCCAGACUGGGACUGGCCAGGGCACUCUCCAGGGAGGCUGAAGAUCUCUCUGAGUCACUGAAAUAUUACCACGAGGUCAUCACUCUGGCACCUGAUCUUCAUGAAGCUUACAUAGAAUCAGCAGAUAUGAUCAUCAAAAAAGACCCCAUGGCUGCAGUUGAUAUUUAUGCCAGGUUCCCCGUCCCAGAGACCCCAUCUUUUGAUGAUGCCUACAUUUUCCAGGAGAUAGUGCGACUGCUGAUGAAGGCAGAGAAGUUUGACGACCCCAGGCUGGGACCAAACUUAAUUGCCUUGGGGAGAGUAAUGGGCCUCGGAUCCAUAGAGAAGUAUGUAGAGACCCUGGAUGCCAAGUUCAAGACAGACCUGUGUAAGUCAGUGUAUGCUGGCGUGAACCACAAGUCUGUGGAUGACCCAGAUAUACAGGCCUUCUUCAAGUUCAAGUGCUGGAUAUGACUUGGAAAAUAUGUAACAAGGUCAGCAGCUUUAAUUUGAAGGACUUGGAGACUGACUGAAGGAAUGGACCUACUAAGUGCUGUGUGUCAGCCAUCAUGCAAGAAAUAACAGACAUGAGCCUAGGUUUUAAAAAGAAAAAAAAAGCUCUUGAACAUUGACCAUGGAACUCAAACUAACCAGCCAGCAGUUCGGGGGCCACCUUAGUAAUUGAAUUAAAAAAUGCAGUUUUCAUGGAAAAAUCUCCUGUCUGAGUAAUCUGGCUUAUGUUCUUGGUGUUUAAUUCAAAGACAAACAUUAUCAAGCCAUACAGAAUGAAGGACAAUGGGAAUAUCAAGAGGUGGGACAGAGGCAUAUACAAUACAUACAGUAGGGUAAUAAUGAGGUAAUUAAAAUGUCUAAUCAGAUUUCAUAUUUUUUUAUAACAAAACUGAUGCAUUAAGAAUUCUGUACAUUAUAUUUGAAGAGAAGUUUGCAGAGAACAAGCUGAUAUAUUCCAAGUCGACUGGAAGUCAAAGAUGCCAAUUUGCUUUUUAGUCCAUUUUUUUUUGUUUGUCCUUAUAAUUAUGUUGGGUAACUAGGGCAAGGAGGUUACAUUUUAGCCGUCAUUUUGUUGAACCAGUGAUAGUAAUCCGUCCAUGUUAUAUACCUGCUGAAUGUUGUGUUUUCUAGCCAUCCUCUAGCAGUCUUUACCCAUGAGCAUAUUUUUAUAUUUAAAAAAAAAAAUAAUUUCACUUGUCCUAUAUUACUUUAUAAACAUGUGCUGUUACAGAGUAACAAGUUUUGUCUUAGUUAAUUUUACUGCAAUGCUUAAUUUAGUGGAAUAAAAAAAUAUAUAUAUUUAGUUCUAGCAGAGAAAGUAUUUUGUAGCAUAAUUAUCCCUUUUUUGUAGUCCAGAAAAUAUAUUUUUGUUGUCUGUUUUAUGGUGAAAAGGUUGUGAUAAUUUCUAUUAUGCUACAAUCCCAGAAAAUAAAACAAAA